GUAGCUAUUUAUCUUAGUAUCCACAUUGCAAAAUGUUUGCUUGGUUCGUUUGUUAUUUAUUUGCCGGAUUCUCUGUCGGAAUAAUUUAUCCCACAAGUUGGGCAUUUGUUUGGCGACGGGAUGCAUUCAAUACUUUGGAUUCUGACGAGUCAUUAAUAAAUCUGUCUCAUCUCGAGCAAACCAUGUACGGAAUCCCGAGCAAUCUGACCGGUAGCAAAGUCGCCGAGUGGCAGGAAGAAGCUGGAGUCAAUCCAGAAGAACUUGGUGAGUAUGCCGAAGGUGAUAUACUUUUUCCUAUGUCUGUUUCUGGGAGAAGUGGACUUGCUAGCAGCGCAUCACGUUGGCCUGAUGCUACUAUUCCUUAUAUGAUGAGUCCCUGGUUCAAGCCGAACCAAAAACAACUUAUCAUGGAAGCUAUGGAAGAUUUCCACAGGUAUACGUGCGUGAGGUUUGUACCCCACAAUGGGAAUAGGGAUGACUAUAUACGAAUAACCGCGGGCAAUACUGGCUGCUGGUCAAGUGUAGGUAGAAUUGGAGGCCGUCAGGAUGUUAACUUACAAGUACCGGGUUGUGUUAUAAAAAAGGGAACAGUUAUUCAUGAAUUGAUGCACGCUGUGGGUUUUAUUCACGAGCAAAGUCGAUAUGAUCGUGAUGAUUUUGUUGAUAUUCAGUGGCAUAAUAUCAAACCAGGGAAUCAAAUUAAUUUUCAAAAAGCAUCAAAAGGAACAACAAAUCCAUUUGGUGUCGGCUAUGAUUAUGGUAGUAUUAUGCAUUACUCGAAAGCUGCAUUUUCCUUAAAUGGACAACCUACAGUAAUUCCUAAAAGCCCGUUCCUCCCGAAGUCCUUAGCGGUGAUCAUCAUAAGUCCUUGGAGAUUCAUCUAAAAUCAAUCGGACAAGAAAAAUUAGUUUUAUUAAUAGAUAAUCUUGUGCCUGAUCGAAGCUUUUUUUUUUUUUUUCGAAAUUAACAAAAUGGCGGCCUCAGGAAAUUUUUUUCAAAUUUUCGAGAAAAAAACCGACAGUUUAUUGUUAAAAAAAAAUCGAAAUUUUUGAAAAAAAAAAAAAUCCUUCGAUCAGGCACGAGUUUUUAAUGUAUUUCAAAAGUACAAUAAAUUUUAUUGAAAUCUACCGAGCAGUUUUUAAGUUACAGUGAUCACCAGUUCAGAAAACAUAGUUUUGAGAAAAACGCAUUUAAAGUUUUGCUAUGGAUUUAUGUCGAAUUAUAAGAAUUAUUUAAUAACUUACACUGAGUCAUCUAUUCCUGGACCAUAUAAUAGCUCUUCAGCCGUCAUAGCAGCUUCCAAAAUAUCGAUUUGCUGGUGCCUACGUUGCAAUCGACCUUCUCGGGCGUUAUCAUUAGCGCGCUUAUCUGCUACUUUGAUACGUGCAGCAUCCAUUCUUUCUGCAUACCGAUGAGAAUUAGGCCCACAAUUAAGUCCUAGUGUAUUCAUCAAGACUAAUAAUGAAUUUAUACCCUCAUUAAAUAUACACAUAGCAACGUAUGCAGCUAUUUGUACGAUAGUAAAACUAGUAUUUACCGUUUUUGGGCAUAUUUUCCAUACUAGUUGGUUAAAGCUUUCAUUAUUAUUCUGAUUGAAUCCACCUACACAUCUUGAAAGUAAAUUUUCAUUACUAAGAUCUUCGUAUAUAGGCUUGAUAGCUUUUAAAACAUCAGAAGGUAAGGGAGAAUAAUCGUGAGAAUAGGUAUCAAGCUCUCCUCUUGCUUCAGCGCGCUGGUAAGAGCACCAAGAUUCUUCGCCUUUUGGACACAUAUCAUGAUUCGGUUUUUCAUCACUCGAGCCGUAGUGAUAAAAGGUUGCCAUUAUAGCAGAUUUCAUAUUUUCAACAGGAAGGAAUAUAUUCAUUUCCACAGUUAUUACAUGCAACUACAAUUUUGAAUCCCAGCCCACGUGUACUUGCUGUUUGAAACACUACAUUUCCAUCACAUUUUUUACAUUUUAUAAGAGCAGAAAUUGCAGUGAAUACCUGAAUAAAAUUUAUUAUUCGAAAUUCAGUACUGCUGUCUUCAGGUACAUCAUCUUCAGUGUUUUGUUUUAAUUUUUUAGAAGAUGUACUCUGAAUACUUUCAUCACGUUCGGCUGUUUUCGGAUUAAAAACAUUCUUUCUUUUGACUGAACGCGACUUAUUAAUUUUUUCAGAACUCUGAAGUUCUCUUGAAACCUUUCUAGAAUCACGUCCCAUGGUUAAUAAUUUAAUUCACUUGAGAAAUAAUUUAUCACAAAACUAUCGACUGAUCAGUGCAACGACUACAGGUAUACUGGCAACCAAAAAUUAUUUUUCAGUUCUUGUACUACCUACAAAUUGUGAAUAUAUAUAUAUAUAUAUAUAUAUAUAUAUAUAUAUAUAUAUAUAUAUAUAUAAUUAUACAUACAUUAAAAUGGGGAGAUAUUCAUGACAAUGAAACCCGAAAGGUCGGUUGCUUGCAGCUGUUUCUAGCUACCUGCUCUCGAAUGCCACGUAGCACCCGAGCGUCCUUUGGUCAUUGUUAAAUAACUCGAAAAGAAUUUGUCGGAUUCACUUCAAAUUUUCACACAAUAUUUUUAAAAUAUUAUACUUUAAGAAAAUGCAAAAAAAAAAAAAUCGAUUUUUUGAAAAUUCUGACUACCCCUAACCCCU